GUGCGAGCGGCGCCGGGCACGGCCGGUGUGAGCGGGGCGGCAUCGGGGCUCCUCCCUGCGGGCGCCGGGCACAGUGGGUGUGAGCGGGGCGGCAUCGGGGCUCCUCCCUGCGGGCACUGGGCACGGUCGGUGUGAGCGGGGCGGCAUCGGGGCUCCUCCCUGCGGGCGCCGGGCACAAUGUCCAAGUCUUCAAAAAUGGCAUCGAAGAUGGAGGAGAUCCUGAGCGAUGGCCGCUUCAGCUGCGUCGCGAGGGACCCCAGGUUUUGGGAGAUGCCUGAGAAGGAGCGCAAAGUCAAGAUCGACAAGAGAUUCCGAGCCAUGUUCCAUGACAAGAAGUUCAAGCUGAGGUACACAGUGGAUAAAAGAGGGCGCCCUGUUAACUACAGCUCUGCAGAGAACCUCAGGAAGUUUUAUGCCUUGUCAGAAUCUGACUCUGACCUUUCAGAGAGGGAGAGUAAAGAAAUUGCGGUAAAGAAAAAAAAGAAAAAGAAAGUUAAAGGUAAAGGACAAGGAGAUUCUGCAAAGGACCCUGCUGGUGGCCUCCCAAAGGAGGAGAGCAAGAAAACUCAACAAGAGGUGGACCAAACAUGUGAAGCAGUGACUAAACUAAAUGACCUUAAAAAAGAAGGACAAAAAAGUAAAUCUAAGUUCAGCUUAAAAGAAGACUCACAGAAACUGGUGGUGGAAGGUGAUCCCUCUCAGGGAAACAAGGGCCUUCCAGCCAAAGGGGAAAACAAGCAAGGAGGAAAACCCAUUUCCAUUCAAAACAAGGAAAAGUCUUCACAAAAAAGUGCUACCAAGUCAGUCAAAGCUCUCAGGAGGGACCACUCCCCAGGAGGGAAAAUAAAAGAAUCAGACAUCUGUGACCAAAGUAUAAAAUGUAAAAGCCAGUUAGAGGAAGAAGCUUCUUCAAGUGAAGAUGCAGAAUUGGAAGAAGAGGAAUCAGAAGAUGGUGGAGAAACGGGCAAGGAAGAGGAGCCAGAAGAUGAUGAGGAAAUGGGUGAAGAUGACAGUGAUUCAGAAGAUGAUGAAGAAAGUGACAGUGGGCCUGAUCUAGCCAGAGGCAUAGGGAACAUUGACACGAGCUCAGAGGAUGAUGAGGAUUUAAAUGAGCUCUUUCCAAAGGAGCCAGAGAUCGAGCACUCGUGGCGCGAGCUGGAUAAAGAUGCCCCUCGUGGAGAUGAGAUUACAAGUAGAUUGGCUGUUUGCAAUAUGGAUUGGGAUAGGUUGAAGGCUAAGGAUUUGCUGGCUCUAUUCAAUUCUUUCACACCCAAAGGAGGAACAGUGUUUUCUGUUAAGAUUUAUCCUUCAGAGUUUGGAAAAGAGAGAUUGAAAGAGGAAGAACAAAAAGGACCUGUGGAGCUGUUUGAUCUUCCAGAGAAUACCACAGAGGAUGAUGGGAUUUAUAGGGAAAAGCUGCGGGAGUACCAGUUCAAGCGACUGAAAUACUUCUAUGCAGUUGUGGAAUGUGAUUCUCCUGAAACAGCCAAUAAAAUUUAUGAGGAGUGUGAUGGACUGGAAUUUGAAAGUAGCUGUUCUUUCAUAGACCUGAGAUUUAUUCCAGAUAAUGUUACAUUUGAUGAUAAGCCAAAAGAUGUAGCCUCAGAAGUGAACAUAGCUGCUUAUAAACCAAAGUACUUCACAUCUGCUGCUAUGGGAACAUCAAAGGUAGAUAUCACAUGGGAUGAGACAGAUCAUGAGCGAGUAACAUCACUCAGCAGAACUUUUAACAAAGAGGAGCUGCUUGACAUGGAUUUUCAAGCUUAUUUGGCUUCAUCAAGUGAAGAAGAGGAGGAACAGCAGCAAGAUGGUGAUGUAGCUCAUGAAAUGGAAGAUGACAAACCAAAGAAAAGCCAAAAAGAUGAUGAAGAGCAAAUUGCCAAGUACAGAGAACUUUUGCAAAGCAUCCAAGAAAAAGAGAAAAAACAGGAAGAAAAGGAUAUAGGAAUGGAGAUUAAAUGGGUUCCAGGGCUCAAAGAAAGUGCUGAAGAAAUGGUCAAAAACAAGUUGGAGGGAAAAGAUAACCUGACUCCAUGGCAAAAAUAUCUAGAGAAGAAGAAAGAAAAAAGAAUUCUUAAGAAAAAGAGAAAGGCUGCUGCUGAGAAGGAAGAGAGUGAAGAUGAACUUCCACCUGAUGUUGAUCUCAAUGACCCCUAUUUUGCUGAAGAAUUUGAGAAAACAGGUGUAAAGAAGAAGCCAGAAUCAGUAGAAAGUACCUCAGAAGAUGAAGAUGAAGUUGAAAAACAGAAGGCUGAAAUGGCCCUACUGAUGAUGGAUGAUGAGGAUGACACCAGAAAACAUUUUAAUUAUAAAAAGAUUGUAGAACAACACAAUCUGAGCAAGAAGAAAAAGAAACUUCUUAUGAAAAGGAAAGAAUUACUAGAAGAUGACUUCCAGGUGAAUGUUGCUGAUACAAGAUUCCAAGCCAUGUUUACUUCUCCCCUGUUUAAUUUGGAUCCUUCAGAUCCAAAUUUCAAAAAGACAAAAGCAGUAGAAAAGAUCCUGGAAGAGAAAGCUCGCCGAAGAGAAGAAAAGGAGCAAGAUCUGAAGGAGGCAAACAAGAGCCUGGAGAAGAAGGUGGCAAAGAAAGGAGAGGUUGCCAAGAAAGCCAUAGAUCCUGCCCUGUCAAUGCUAAUCAAGUCUGUCAAACAUAAAACUGAGGAGUUUCAGGCACGGAAAAAGCAGAAAUUCAAAUAACUGAACUUUGAUUUUCCUCAGCCUUUACUUUAGUCCAAGCCCUGCUAACUGGAGACAUCUGUUAAAGUUACUGUGAGCUGCUCUAAUUCCUGUCCACCUAAAAUGUCCUGAAAAUUCAUUAACUAUGUUGGUGAAUUGUCAAGUGUUCAUAGUAAUAAUCAUUCUUUUCCUAUGCCACAACAAAUACUGUUUUGCACAUAUGUAAGGAAAUGAUGGUUUUGGGCUGGUUUGGUUUGUAUCAUGUCAUCUCUUACAAAUAAUGGAAGUGCUGAAAAUGGCUAAAAACAUCAUAAUUAUGGGUUUAUCUAUAAAUAAUAAAACCAGUUCUGCAGAGGUUUAUUGCUGAAACUAAGUGGUUUUCAAGUUUUUAAUCCCACAGAAGUCUGUAAAACAUACCUGUCCUGAUAAAGAAGGUAAUAAUAUAACUACAAAUGGAAGAAAUUUUGUAUACAAAUUUUUUGUAGAUUUUUUUAAAUAUUGCAUAAAUGUUUUAUUCAUUUCUCCUUUAAAUACUUGAAGGUCAUAGAACCAAUUCAUGGAAAUAUUUGCAUUUAGAAGUAUUUCACUAACAUCUUUUUGAAAUAAAUAUUUUAAAUUGGCCCAAAA